GUUUUUCUCCUCCCUUUCCAGGACUCGCAGUUGACGCCGAGCCAUGCAUCACCCCCACUACCCGACGUGGCUGCCUCCUUGUCCUCGUCCUCGUCCUCCUCGUCCUCCAUCCUCGGCGGGGGAUCGGGGGGGAGCAUCCUGGGGGUACCGGGGCCGUCUAGGGUGGAGUGGGAUGACCUCGAGAUCUUGACGUACCAUAUACAGUCUGUGGUGAUAUCGCGCUACGCCGUCACCACCGUCACGUGCAAGAUUCGCAACCCGACUCUCGAUGCGCAAGAGGCAGCCUUCUCCUUCCUGCUGCCCGUCAACGCCUUCAUCUCCAACCUGACGAUAGAGGCUGGAGGCAAAAACUACACGAGUCUGGUGAGGGAGAAGGAGGAGGCGAGGCGCACUUACGAGAAGGCGAAGAGCCAAGGCCGCAACACCGCUAUCGUUCACCAAAAAGAGCGAGAGACGUCGAGGUUCCGCGUGGACGUGUCUGUGGCGGAGCAGGACGAGGUCAUCUUCUACCUUACAUACGAGGAGUUGCUUGAGCGUCGCCUCGGGGAGUACUCGCACAAGAUCAACGUCCACCCCGGCUACCCCGUGCGUGACCUGCUCGUCGACGUCACCAUCCAUGAGACGCGAGACAUCAACGUGCUCACGGUCAAGAAGGUGCCGGGCGGGCCGCUCUUCAGGGACGCAGUCGAGGAGUGGCGGGAGGGGCUGAAGACCGCUCGCCUCCGCUUCUACCCCAACCCCGAGAGGAUGCCGGUGGACGGGGUUCUGCACGGCCAGCUGGUGGUCAACUAUGACGUCACGCGCGCCCUGGAUGCUGGGGACGUGCAGGUCGAGGAUGGCUACUUCGUGCACUUCUUCGCGCCCAGUGACCUGCAAUAUACCCCAAAGCACAUCACCUUCCUCAUCGAUGUGUCUGGCUCCAUGGCGGGCACAAAACUCAAGCAGGUUAAGGAAGCGCUUCGCCACAUCCUGACCGAGCUGAACCAGGGCGACACAUUCAACAUCAUCCGGUUCUCCAGCGUGUCGCACAAGCUGGGCACCAUGCGCUACACGGGCACGGCAGUCAGGAAGGCCAGGAAGUACAUCAACAGCCUGGAGGUGGAGGGAGGAACAAACAUUGACGGUGGCCUUAAGGAUGCCAUGGAGCAGGACAUGGAGAACAUCGCCACGGACACAGUGCGGCCCCACAUCAUCGUCAUGCUCACGGACGGGCAGCCCACGGUGGGUGUGACCUCAGAGAACGCGCUGCUCAGGAACGUGAGGGAGCGGAACAAGGAUAAAGCGACCAUAUUCUCCCUCGGGUUUGGCUCCGGAGCUGAUAUGAACCUCCUGGAAAAGAUCUCCCUGCAGAACCGAGGAAGUGCACGCAAGAUCUACGAGGACACGGACGCGGCGGAGCAGCUGAAGGGCUUUUACCAGGAGCUGUCAUCCCCCAUCCUCCUCGACGUGCAGUUCAGUUACUCCAACGACGCCGUGACAGUGAACUCCCUCAGCAACACCCACUUCUACAACUACUUCAGCGGAACAGAGCUGGUGGUGUCCGGGCAGACGCAGGCCACACAGCAGAGCAUCCGGGCCAACAUCACCGGCCAGGGCAGGAACGGCGAAUUCUUUAUGGCGGUGACGGGCUGGGACAACGUAGGGCCACCCGACCACCACCUCCUCAACCACCUCCACCUGGCACCCACACCCAGGAACUUCAUCAAGAGGCUUUGGGCGUUCCUAAAAAUCAAGGACUUGUUGAUGGAGGAGAAGGCAGCGCGGGGAAUGCACGAGAAGGUGUCGGCACAGAAGAAGGCCCUCAUUAUAGCCCUGGAGAACCACUUCGUUACGCCCCUCACGUCGCUGGUGGUGGUGCAGCCGGACAAGGAGAACUGCAAGGACUACGAGGAGGACGACACGGAUGAGGAGGAGGAGAGUCUGGACAGCCGGCACAAGGCUCCCUCGGCCUCCCCCUCAGACGACCCCUUCAACUACACCUCCAUCCUCAGGACCCAGGACUCAGUUGCUCGUGGCUUCAACCCGGCGUCCAUACAGGUCCACGGUGGAUUGCUCUCCUCAGAGUACGACUAUCCCUCAGACCACGGGACAUUCGACUCUUUCAACAAGGGGAUUUAUGUGUCCAGCUUACCCAGCAGCUGCAGGCCUUCCAGUACCAGCUUAUGGCUUAUAUCACUUAUGUUCAUGUGCUUGGAGCUCUUUAAUCAGAUACGAGCGAUGGAGGUCUAUACAACAGUCAAGUGACCCUCCAUGAGUUUUCGGGGCUCAUGAUCACACUGCAACCACCAAGACUCACGCCACCGAGUCUCCAGGUAACUCUCCGCGACUCUCAGCCUCCAGGUGGCACAUUCGGCCUGGGGUCAUCGUGCUGCAGUGCAUCAAAACUUCACCGGACAGACAUAGCAUUUACGUUCACCCGAGGACUGUCUUUCCUAUUCCAACCUUACGGAAGAUUGGUGUCUAGCAGUAAUCAUGGAAACAAUUUUAUGGUGACUCAGGUGAAAUUCUAACCCAUCGUUUCCGAACUCUUGGUCGCCGGAGUGUCAAAGUGUGAAGAUUGUUGGUCCUCGUUCUUUACCGUUUUGAGAGUAGAUAGUAGUUGGUAUUUGUAGUCAUAAGUAUAUUUGCGAUGUGCCAAGGAUCACAGUAUGAAAACUGCCUUGGUUGUGAAGCUCUUUGGGAACAAUUUGUAAGGUAGGCGCUGCAGCGUGGCGACGGACUCUGCCGCGGGACUUGCCGAGCCUGGGGACGGGACCUUGCCGUAGUGGUGAUUGGGACAGUGUUUAGGGUCAUUUUGAGCUAAUGUUUAAUAUUUCGUCAUACUUAUCGUGUUAUCAAGAUUUGCUGGUAAUGUGACGUGCUGUGGUUGGCAAAGUGGAAAUAAUAAGAGAUAUCGUAGUAAAUUAUUCAGUAUUUCAUCAGUGAUCACCAGACGCUCUUGGCUCAGGGCAGGACAGGGUGCAGGCUGCCUGGCUUAACAUUUUAUUUCAUCAUGUUUUCCUGGAGCUCCAACAGCUGUACUUCAGAGGCCGUCAAGCCUUCAGAGGUCACCGAAUCAGUAGAGUCACUGCCUGACUUUUUGCUCCGGAUGAUUUUUCUCCUGCUGACGUGAUGCUUCUUGAAGGUUACUCAGUAUCAUCAAUGACAAGUCACGGCUUGUGUUAGCAAUACCUUACAGGAAGACUAGGGAUGUUGUUCUCCAAGCACCAAGCUGACCAGCAGUGAGUGUCACGGCUGGCCCCAGUGUGCUGCUGCCCCAGCCCUCACACCCACGGUGCAAGGGAUGGGGAGCUGGUCCUAGUGUGCCGCCCCCCACAUGGGAGUUGAGGCUUGUUUUCCUGUGUGCCUUUUUUUGCCCUGUGUUGUGUUUGGUCACUGGCAUCACAGACAGCCUCUGCCCACAGAAAGGUCUUCAUCUGCUUCACAAGCUUCAGGAGAGGCACUCUGUGGGACUAAUGUACCAAAAAGAGCCUGUCCAUACUUCUUGGCUCAAGCUGAGAAAUGUUUGAAAUUUAUUGUGCUUAUAUUGAUGCCAAAGGUGCCGCCAGCCAGUUUGUGCAUUGCACAGACACACAGAAUGAAUGCCUGAAACCUUGUGAUGUGUAUAAAGUUUCAGGACCUCACAGUGGGUCCUGGUGACACAGCAGGCAGCAGCCAGUGCUGCCCCAGAGGAGGCAGAGCAGCCUUGACAGCCUUGAAAGCCUUGACCGCCUUGACAGUGGCAGCCACCAGUGGUGCUGGUGGGCCCUGUGGUACUGUUGGGGCAGGGGGCUGUGGUGAAAUUUAAGAUUAUAAAUACAAAUAAGUGACAUUUCCAAAGUGUUCAGAGGCUCUGUGUUAGAGUUGCGUGGUCUUAUGAAAGCUAACCAGUGCCUUUGCCAACCAUUCCACUUCACAUUACACAACAGGCAACGCAUGAACCUGCAAUACAUAAUAUAAUACAUUGCUCUGCAGACAAAAUCUGGAGAUAAAAUAAAACUUCAACCUUGAGGGCAAAAGUUAAUAUUAGGUAACUAUUUCAAAAUCCUUCAGUGUGUUCUGCACGACAGAAACCCCACCGGCCGUGACGGCUUGGUGCCGCAGCCUGUGGCAGUGUGUUGGGGUGCCGUCACCCAGACAGCAGUGUGCCAUGUUGUUGCUGUUCUGGCUCAGUGCAUGGAGGAGAAAUCUGCUGAGGUUCACUUUUGAAAUUAUUGGACUGAGGAGAUCUUUUAAAUGACAGACAACAGCUGUAAAAACAUGCACUACCAAGACCCAGUGAGCCGGGCACAGCGUCACACACUCCUGCACUGCGGCCAGGACAGCGUGCAGGCAAUAUGACACACGAUGGUUGUCACUCGUCAUGCAGCCGUUCAGUUUGCCUUCGCAGGAAUCUCCAAGUACAGUGAUGAGGAGGGACAGGAACUUGUGUCGUGUGUGCUUACAAAAAUCCGACAAUAUCGCUGUUUUGUCCAUUCCUGGUGAAAUGUAUCCUACUUUUUAGUACUGAUAGGGGAAGGUAGUUUUCAAAGGGUGACUUUUUGUAAAGGGUGACAUUUUCAUUCUGUAUCCUUGAUUUUGAUAACCUUGUAUUGGAUAAACGAGCACAUUCAAAGCUCCCAUUGGCCGCGGGCUGUGUUGGUAGUGUGCUUAGGUUACCUCAGUACUUGUAGACUCCCUUGUUCUUGCGAGGUAACACUUUGUGAUCUCAGAGCUGCUUGUUGCAUCGCGAGGGACAGCAGACACACUCCUCCUGGACCAUUCCUCGGCCCACCUUUAGGAGUCAUCUGCCAUUCCUCUGUUGUCAUCUGCAGCGCUGUCUUCAAAGUUUAGGAUACUUAUCAAGAAAGCAACAAAGUGUAUUUUUUAUUACAAGCAUGCAUUUGAGGACUUUAAAGUUUAAGGACAUUUCUAAGGAAGCUUUACUGUUAAAAAGAAUAAGUACUUGACGCAGAGAAUGGGACGGAACUUGAUGCACGGCGAACAGUCAAACUUGUAUCAACUACCGAUCGCUGUGUCUCGAGGCAGUGUUGCAGAGAGAACCGUGCGUAGGGUUGACAGCAGCCAGGUGCAGAGACGAGCCUCAGGACCGCAGGGCGAGGCACGGUGACUGGCCUGAGGUGUUGUGUAGCCGACAGCCUGCAGUGUGUGUCCAGCGCUUGCCGAGGAAUGAGAGAGAAGUGUUGUUCGGGCUUUGAAGGUUUAAAAGUGGACCGGUGGAGGUGGUGACAGUGCUUCAGUGCGGCGAAGAUACUGAGGCACAGAAUAAUUGAGUUUUCACUGUAGCUGCCUUGCCAGUCUCAUCAUUUAGACUUAUAUUUCACGUGUCCAGCCCAGUAACUUGCAUUUUAGCACACAUGUAAAGUUAUAAGUCGAAACGUUCUUGCGCGAGACCCCAAAGAUUUGCUAGCAUGUGCCGUGUUCCAGUUCCGCUACCAGUGUAAUAAUCAAUGAUGUUACGUGCCCUGAAAUUCAAAGUAUGUUGGCGAAUACAAAUAUAAAUGAUUCUCAAGGGCAUGAACAGUACUUCCAGGCAGUCUUAGGCAUAUUUUACGAGGCUAGAGUUUGUUUCCGAGGAGAAUGAUAUUGAAGGCUUCCAUGUUGAUUCAUCUGUAGAGUUUCUAGAUUCUUGACGGUAGGUUCGUAGACUUUAAGUUGUGGUUUGGGGUUUAAUACUAUAUAUUCUUGUUUUUGACGUUUAUUUACCGUAAGCUUUACUUUAUAAUCUCUAGUGUUACUACAUAUAUUAAUUGAGUUCUACCUUAUAUUAAUUGAGUUCUACCUUAUAUUAAUUGAGUUCUACCUUAUAUUAAUUGAGUUCUACCUUAGAUGGACUAAAUUAAGUGGGUCAGAAAAUUCCUGUUGGCAAAUUUUUCUUAUAUUUGAAUGUUCUAUAGAGAGGAACAAUCAUGGUUAUGGUCAACACUUACAGAGUUAUCGUUUGCAAGUGUUCAUGUCAUCCCAAUCGCUUUAAUCUAUUAGCAUUUACUGAAAGCAGGCAAAGGAAAAAGUCUCGCUCAAACUGGUAUUCAUUUUGAGAUCAUCCAUGCAGUUUGAGUUCUGGGAAAAAUUAUACUUUGGUGAAAUGGAUAAAUGAUGAGCCUUGUUGCGUGUGAUUCUAUAAAGUCCAUCAAGCAGGGACCAUGUUUCUUAAUGGUCCGUCGAAGCGAGAAAAAGGAGAAAAAAAUCAUCACUCUUGCAAACCAUUUCAUAUGUAUCAAUGUAUUUGUGAUCAGUUUAUGUAUCAUCUGUUUUGUGGGUCUUUAUCAUGGCACAAAUUUGGCCCGUCGCUGGUACACGGUAAAGCCACAAAUUUGGCCCGUCGCUGGUACACGGUAAAGCCACAAAUUUGGCCCGUCGCUGGUACACGGUAAAGCCACAAAUUUGGCCCGUCGCUGGUACACGGUAAAGCCACAAAUUUGGCUCGUCGUUGGUACACGGUAAAGCCACAAAUUUGGACCAUCGCUGGUACAUGGUAAAGCCACAAAUUUGGCCCGUCACUGCUAAUGGGUUAAAUCUACAUUGGACUUUCGUUAAAUGCUUCGGAAAAUUCUGAUAACUUAUGCUUCCAUCUAAGGAGAACUUCAGCUUAUCAUUAUUAUUAUUAUUACUAUUAUUAUUAUUAUUAUUUGUAUUAUUUCAAUUAUCACUACUACUACUACUACUCUUAUAGUUAUUACGUUUAUUGUUUCGUGUGCGUGUGUUAGUGCGUGCGUGUGUGUGCGGCGUGAACAAUUGCCCUUCCCGAGAUCAAAGGUUCAACUUGUCGGGGCGAUUGUCAAUACCUGUGCUUUACUUAUAGGGAAUAAUCACGACUUUGCAUGGCUGAAAAUGUGAAGUUGUUCGUUCUCCUUUAACAAUAAGCUUUUUUUAAUCAUUGGUAAGGUUACUGGUGUCUCCUAUAUUUUCUUAAUCAUCAAUGUGAACACCAGUAGCUUUAUACGGAGCAGUUUGUGUGAGUUUUUUGAGGCGUCACGAGGAAAUAUGUAGGUAGCGUGCGUUCUUGUGUUGAAGUUGACCUCGUGUACCCAACGGUGACCAUCUUCCAAGGCGGCGAUGCACUCGAUAAGAAAGAAUUUGAUCCCUUUAGAAAGUAGCAUCCAAGUAGAGUUCAGUCUCUUUAACCUGACCUUCAAACCCUUAAAAUACCGAGGUUCAUAUUCUUAAAUGCUUCCGGCUCUCACAAUAAAUAUUUUCAAAGGUCAUAAAGGAGAUUAGUUGGGUUCUCAUUGCUGUUUUUCCACAUUCAUAGUGCAGAAGUCUUGUUAAACUAUCACUAGGCUUUUAAAACUACCCAUGGAAAUAUCAACCCAACAACCUCUAUGAAACCCUUGUCAAACUAUCACAAGGCUCAUAAAACUACCCAUGGAAAUACCAACACCACAACCUCUAUGGAAGCCUUUUCAAACUAUCACUAGGCUCAUAAAACUCCCCAUGGAAAUAUUAACCCAACAACCUCUUUGGAAGCCUUGUCAAACUAUCAUUGGGCUCCUAAAACUGCCCAUGGAAAUAUCAACCCAACAACCUCUAUGGAACAACAAUCUCUAUGAAAGCCUUGUCAAAUUAUCACAAGGCUCAUCAAACUACCCUUGGAAAUAUCAACCCAAAACAACCUCUAUGAAAGCCUUGUCAAACUAUCAUUAGGCUCAUAAAACUACCCAUGGAAAUACUAACACACCAACCUCUAUGAAAGCCUUGUCAAACUAUCAUUAGGCUCAUAAAACUACCCAUGGAAAUACCCACAACAACCUCUAUGAAAGCCUUGCCAGACUAUCACUAGGCUCAUAAAACUACCCAUGGCAAUACCCAAAACAACCUUGACAAAAGCCUUACCAAAUUUGAGUGUACAUGUAAGCCUGGAAAUGCUUGAGAAUAGGGACCUCUUUAGAUGUUUCCUUGAGUAUAUACGGUGAACUAUGCGCUGCCAUGUGGAGUACGAGGAACACACUGAGUCCUUGUCAAGCAGCGAGGUUUGGGGUCGGGUCAAUGUGCCGGCCUGCCUAACCUACCUAGCUGCAUGGGUCCUCUGGUCGGCGCUUGUACGACUCUCGGAUUUCGUGGACGCCAAACACUAUGACUUUAGAGAUAAUAAAAAUGUUGAUUGUGAAUUCCAAUGCAACACGUGUUUUAGUAUUGUGCCUCUUUUGAAACCGUGGGUGAUUCUGCCGAUUUUUGUGUAGGUUAGGUUAUCGGAUAGUUGAGGUCACUGGUUUUUGGUUAGGGUGGGUGAGGUAACGCCCCCCCUGGUGUAUGGCAACGUUGAUUGAUUUUGGUUCGGGAUUGUUGUAGGUUAGGCUAUACAAUAUUUUAGUUUACUUUAUAUUCCGUUUUUUUUUGGUCAGGGUGGGUGAGGUAACGCUCCCUCUGGUGUAUGCCCCUUUUGAUUGAUUGGUUUUGGUUUGAGGUUGUUGUUUGGUAGUUACUAGAGACACAUUGAACAUUGGAAGUAGUGGACUCGAUCAACACACAACGUUUAAUAUCAAAAUACGUAGAAUGACCAGCGGGCUUUUCUUUCACAUUUGUAACCAUCUUUUAUGCCCUUGAACUGACUCCUCUGCUGUCUGAAGUGGGUCGAAACUUUCCUUUACUCAUACCAACUUUUUCACCCGUCAAUCUGAGUUACAAGUUUGUUAUACGCAAGGCUCACUACGGCCCAGAACUAACUCAACCUUACGACAAAAAGAACGUAGUGGUAUUUUAUAAGAACUGGUCAUUUUGAAGUAGGCAGUCGAUUUGAGUUACAUGUUUGUUAUAAGAAAGACUCACUAUGGCCCAGAACUAACUCAACCUUACGACAUAAAAGAACGUAGUGGUAUUUUAUAAGAACUGGUCAUUUUGAAGUAGGCAGUUGAUUUGAGUUACAUGUUUGUUAUACGCAAGACGCACGACGGCCCAGAACUAACUCAACCUUACGACAUAAAAGGACAUAGUAGGAUUUUAUAAGAACUGGUCAUUUUGAAGUAGGAAGUCGAUUUGAGUUACAUGUUUGUUAUAAGAAAGACUCACUACGGCCAAGAACUAACUCAACCUUACGACAAAAAGAACGUAGUGGUAUUUUAUAAGAACUGGUCAUUUUGAAGUAGGCAGUCGAUUUGAGUUACAUGUUUGUUAUAAGAAAGACUCACUACGGCCCAAGCAGAAAACUUAACCUUACGACAAAAAGAACGUAGUGGUAUUUUAUAAGAACUGGUCAUUUUGAAGUAGGAAGCUGAUAGGUUCCGUUAAUACUCAUAUAACUUUUUCAGAGGUCAAUUUGAGUUACAUGCUUGUUAUAAGAAAGACUCACUAAGGCCUAAACAUUAAACUCAACCUUACAACAUAAAAGAACAUAGUAGCAUUUUUAAGAACUGGUCAUUUUGAAGUAGGAAAUUGGUAUAUUCCAUGAACACUCAUACAGCUUUUUCAGAGGUCGAUUUGAGUUACAUGUUUGUUAUAAGAAAGACUCACUAUGGCCUAAACAUUAAACUCAACCUUACAACAUAAAAGAACAUAGUAGCAUUUUUAAGAACUGGUCAUUUUGAAGUAGGAAGUUGGUAUAUUCCGUUAACACUCAUACAGCUUUUUCAGAGGUCGAUUUGAGUUACAUGUUCAUUACACGCAAGACUCACUACGGCCCAGAACUAACUCAACCUUACGACAAAAAGAGCGUAGUAGUAUUUUAUAAGAACUGGUCAUCAUACCCUCGGAAAAAUGUAGAAAGUGGCAAGGUGCUGGUCAAUGAAGUAUGUUAUCGUCCCCAUGCGAAAAACAGCCAUUGAAAAGAAGCUGCAUAUGUGGGUAUGUCUGUUAUAUGAAAUGGUUGCUCUGUUCUGAUUGAUUAUAAGAAGAAUUUGUAUGUAUGAAGUUACGCAGGAUUUGACGUAGUUUAAAUAAAGGUCAGGGAAUGCAGGAAAAAAGUUACGAUAAGCUAGAAAAUAUAUGGAAAGUUACCUAGAUUUUUUAAUUGUCAAAUGCAGGAGUUAAGAAAUACAAGGAUGGUAUUAUAUAAUUCCUCAUACUGAACUUGUUAACAUUUAAUUCCUAAGCUAAAGAUACUCAUGUACUCUUAAGAUAUUACUAGGGAAAACAAGCAUGUCCAAAAGAUUACGUAAAGAAAGAAUUUGCAUAUGUGAAUCUUCAGUUGUAAACAUCACGUUCGGAAACUUUCAUGUAAACGAAAUUCCAGAGGUUAACGGCAACACCACUCUCGUUUAUCUCAUAUAUUUCGUUCCUCAUCUGUCUCGAAAAUAAAUAACAGUUCCUUUGGUAGAUAUGCAAACCACUGUGAAAGGUUUCGGUACGUAUCGUUUCUCAAGAUUCAGACGCUACGGGAAAACACAUUACAAUAUUUUCUUCCGAGAGCUCCAGGUUGAAAGGUGAUGGAAGUGAACUGUGUGUCAUAAACUGAGGUGAACUGUGUGUUAUAAGUAAGAGUGUUAAGUGUCGUAUGUGCGAGUGUAAAGUGGCAGGCUGAUCAGAAGAGAAUAAGUGAUAUUUUCCCAUAGAGAGCUACUGUAUUGUAAAUCUAUGUCAUCUAUGUAGCUACUGUAUUCUAAAUUGUAGCCUUUCUUCCUCACGUCUUGAAGAGUAAGCUGGAAAGUCAUGCAGUGGAGAGCUUCUUGAGAGAGUAAAUCUUCGCUGGACUUAAUAUAGCGCGGCGACUAUGCCUGAUGAACGAGCCUCCCAUAACCCACUUAGCCAGGGGGGACCUCUUUGGCCGACUCGGUAGGGAGUGGCUCUCUCGUCACGCUGGUCACGGGUUCAAUCCCAGGCAGCCGGCGAAUACCCUCUCCUGGUCUUGAUUCAUUUCUCGUGUGUUUCGAUACGCGCAGAGGACGUGUUAGAAAAUAGAUACCCCCCUAGCUAAGUGGGUUAUGGGAGGCUCGUUCAUCAGGCAUAGUCACUACACUACAUUAACACAAGUAGAUUUGACAUUAUAAAACCAUUUCCUGGACUUGAUCUUGAUGCUGCAGAGCGUGUAAAUGGCACUCUGCUUCCUGGGGGCUGUGCAUAGUAGAGGUCGUCACUCACUUUUGUUGGCCAUGUUAUAUUUCCAGAACUCAGUCUUUUCUGUUGUGUGUGUGUUGUGGUUAUCUCUUCAACGUGCAAGACUGUAUUUAACCGUGUAUGGAUCGGCAGUGCGGUCUAGCUGGAGGCAUUUCUUGAUGGAGUCGUAUGUCUUGCGAUUAGGUAUAUAUUGAAGGUGUGUGUGUGUGUGUGUGUGUGUGUGUUUCUUUUUUUGCAUCUGUCUCUCUUUUUUAUAUACAACGAAGGAGACAGCUCAAGGACACAAAAAAAGGAAACAAUAAUAAAAAAAGCCCGCUACUCGCUGCUCAAAAAGAAUCCAAAGAGGUGGACGAAAGAGAGGUCGGUUGUUAUGCAAAUUGACCUCUCUUUCGGCCGCUCAUUUCUUUUGUCUUUGUGGGAACGGCGAUUAGCGGGCUUUUUUUUUUGUUGCCCUUGAGCGGUUUCUUUAGCUGUAAAACAAAAUUGUUAUCUCGGCUCCGUUUUCCGUUUGUUGUGUUGGUCCUGCAGUUUUAUAAUUGUAUUUUGUAUUAGCGGUGCGGUUAUUUACCAUCAAAAUAUCUCAAGAAAGUGCGUUGGGGUCCAAAGUAAAAUACGUCAUCACGAAUUUGAAUUAACAUCGUCUAUCACGGCCUGGACGAGUUGGCUUCCUGGGCAAAGUGAACUGUGGUCAUCAGAUUUUUUAUUUUAUUUAUUUAUUUAUUCAUUUUACAUCAGAGGACACGGCUCAAGGGCAAUAAAAAGAGUACACAAAAAAAAAUGCCUGCAACUCGCCACUCUUAGAAUGUCGCGCUGGCCCUGUGCCUCGGGGUAAUGGGCUCGUACCCACUAGAGGCUCAAGAACCAUUGUGACAUAGGAGUACUGAGGUCACACAGCUAAACCGAAUGACCCCAACCUUAUUAACUGGUCGCUGCCUGAUUGGUCAAGCUGGAGAACUGACCUUUGCAUACUGAAACUGAAUGGAAAUAAGAAACCAUUACCCCAUUUUGAUUAAUUAUAAGAAUUGGUUGUACUGUUCAGCGUAUGUAAUCGUAAUGAUCGAAACUAUGGAGCACUGACCUAUCCACACAGCAGCGGUGAAAAUGUGAAACCGUUACUCUGUUUUAAUCGACUAUAAGAAGAAUUUGUAUGUGUGAAGUUACGCAGGAUUUGACGUAGUUUAAAUGAAAGUCAGGGAAUGCAGAAAAAAAAGUUACGAUAAGAUAAAAAUACAUGAAAGUUAUCUAGAUUUUUUUUUAUCAAAGGCGGUUGUUUAGAAAUAUAAAGACGUUCUUUUUUCAACAUCACCUCCUGUACUUAGACCCAUUCACAGUGUGGGUGACGGCCGCUAGUCUGCUCGCCCCUCCAGGCUCUGCUGCACACAUGACUUGACAGUCCUUCACCUCACUCUGUUGAUUAGCCAUGUGCCUUCUUUUGGGAGCUUCAACGAUGACCCAAAGGAAACAUUUGAUCCACCAGCCGAGAGCUCUUCCAGUUAACUUGCCUGUCGUUGGUUGUGGCAGCUCAUGUAUAGCGUGUCAGGACGAUGUUAACGAUGGAGUUUUAAUUUGUUGUUCCGAGAUGCAGUUUUUCCUCCCUCACUGUACUAGAAUCAUAUUUGCUGCCUACUGUUUGAGAGACUUCCUGUGUGAUUAUUGUGUGUGGUGAACUUGAGUAUGGUGUCAGUGCAAGGGUUGUGAGUCCAAAAUAGAAGAUGCAAAUAUUUUUUCCCCUCAUUGUGCGGUUCUAAAAAGUCAUAUUUGAUGUUUACGGAAUUUAAAGACAACUUGGUGAUGAAAUUUCAGUACUUGUUAAUAGGAGAUACAAAGGUUUUUCUAUCCUUGCUGUUCUCUAAAAAGUCAUAUUUGAUGUUUACGGAAUUUAAAGACAACUUAGUGAUAAAAUUUCAGUCGUUAAUAGGAGAUACAAAGGUUUUUCUAUCCUUGCUGUUCUCUAAGAAGCCAUAUUUGAUGUCUACAGAAUUUAAAGACAACUUAGUGAUAAAAUUUCAGUACUUGUUAAUAGGAGAUACAAAGGGUUUUUCUAUCCUUGCUGUUCUCUAAGAAGCCAUAUUUGAUGUCUACAGAAUUGAAAGACAACUUGGUGAUAAAAUUUCAACAUUUGUUAAUAGGAGAUACAAAGGGUUCUCUAUCCUUGCUGUUCUAAAAAGCCAUAUUUGAUGUUUACGGAAUUUAAAGACAACUUAGUGAUAAAAUUUCAGUACUUGUUAAUAGGAGAUACAAAGGGUUUUCUAUCCUUGCCGUAUUUUAAAAAGCCAUAUUUGAUGUUUACAAUUUUAAAAACCAAAUAUAGGAAUAAAUUUUCAACACCUGUUAUUAUGAGGUACAAAGUAAUUCUCUCUCUCUCUCUCUUUGUAUUCUAAAAGUUAUAUUUGACGUUUACGGAAUUUAACGACAACUUAGCGAUAAAAUUUAAACUUGUUAUGAGGUACAAAGCAAUUUUUUCCCCCUCACUGUAUUUUAAAAGUCAUAUUCGAUGUUUACAGAAUUCUACGACAAUUAUAAGUGAUCAAAUUUCAACUUUUAUCAAUAGCAGAGGCAGACUUAACUCUGUUCUUACUGCUCGAAAAGUCAUAUUAAUGUUAACAAAUUUUAAAAAGUACGUAAUUUUUUAUAACAUUCCGACACUUGUUAUUAGAAGAUACAGUGUUACUUUCUCCCUUACUAUACCGAGUCAUAUUUCAGUUGAAGUUUACUAUUUUAGAGACUAGACAGCCAUGUGGUGUGUGUGUCUGUCUGUGUGUGUGUGUGUGUGUGUGUGUGUGUGUGUGUGUGUGUGUGUGUGUGUGUGAGAGGUUGAAUCACAGGAGACGGACAGUUGCCGGAAUUGUUCUUCAUCGAUGCUGUAAAAUAAUUUCUCUUUGUUAUGUUUAUGCUGAAAAAUAUCUGCUAUUGUGAAGUGCUUGCCAGACGAGAGUGUAACAUUCACGCCACAUCGGGAUAUAGUGCUUGAAAAGGUGUUUAUUAUCAAGCAGUAUACAGUACAUAUAUAUUUUUUUGUUUCGGUUAAAAGCUGAAAAAUUUCUGCUAAUGUGAACUACUUGCCGUAAGAGAAGUAAAACAGUCACGCCACAUCCUGCUAGUGUUAGGAAAGGCGUUCACUAUCAAGCAAUAUGCAGUAGGUAUAUAUAUUUUUUUGUACUUGACUUGGAUACACUGUUUGAAGUUUAGGUUAAUGGCCAGUUGUUUAGGACUUACCCCAGAAGGUCAGUACAAAGCGUCUACUUAAACAUAACUCCCACGUUCAUAGAAUCCAAGCAAUGAGGCGCCACGGAAAUGAAGAUAAAGAUACUGAUAGAAAACUGCGAGUCCGAGUAUCGAGUCAACUAUAUAUUGCGACGUUGUUAAUGUUAAAUGCAGUGGGCAUGAUCAAGCCUUGUAUAAUUUUGUAUACAUUGAGAUUUCACCAACUUGAAGGUACCUAGUUACUUGUUAGCGAGUCUCCUUCCACGACACUCUGAACCUUAAUCGUAGACCCUCUCGUAGUGGAUAUAAUAUUACCGCUGGCCGCUCUCCGUCGGUCCCUUGUUGCAGAGCGUUCAAGACCUGAUGUAAAAAUGAAGUUAACUGUUGCAUCAUACCAUAGGAUUGUAAAGUCUAUUGUUUCUAAGUAGUAGGUACAUUGGCAGGGCCUCGGGCAGUAUAUAUAUAAAGUGUGUGUGAUAUAUCUUGAAGAAUGGACGAGUGAUUUGCGACUCCUACACCCAAGUAGCUAGUGAUGUAUGUAGUAACAUUGUUCAUCCAGAAUUCUUAAAACGAAUUCCUCAUCAGUCAUGGCUACAAGCUGUGAUUACUCUAGGGUGUGCGUGGGCGGUGCGCUGUACGCUGCGAGUGUUAGCUGCAAGCAAACAAAAUAUUUUUCCUGAAGGUAGUUGUGUGUUUUGAGGCGUGAAUCUCCAUACUUGUUCACCACUCCUAGGACCUUAAGAAAGCUGUCUAUUGUGAAGAAGUACAGUCCUUUGCAUGCUUUCCUACUGCUUCCUCUUUUCUGCUAGACCAGUAGACGAGUAGACAACCAUACGUCUGGGGUGGAAGGGGCCGGUGCUGAUCACUAUGAAGUCUCCACGUUUUGUAGGUAGUGUUGUAGACGGACGCGUGGGUGGAAUUUACCUCUUUUGAAACCUUGGUAUUCUUUGAUAUUCAGGGAUGAAGCUUUACCUCCUUGGUCAGUAUUUGUUGAUGAAGGAAAGAGUGUUUUAUUUCACUGAUAUGUCAAUGAUUUUAUGUGAAGAGUAAAGGGUCUAUUACACUGGGCAAAUUUUCCGUGAUCUUCAGUCAAACCACGAUUUCCGUUAACAUGGUUCUCAUUUGUUUCUUGUUAUUGCUGAUGAUGAUGAUGGUGAGUAAUACCGUCAUCCUUCAGUGAUAUCUAUCGUACCUUUGGAGGAUCGUGGACGCGUCAGAAAACCAUGGAAAUAUGAGAACCACGCCAACGGAAAUCGUGGGUUGACUGAAGAUCCACGGAAAAUUUGCCCAGUGUAACAGCCCUUUAAGUCGUUCUCAAAUCAAUGAACUUAUUUUCUGCUAGUUUGUUAGUGAGUGUUGAAGGCAAAAAACACCUCAUUGACACAUCCUGCACAGUAGAGAGUAGAUUCGCUGCUUACAAAGGUGCAGUAAAGAAUAUUAUGAGGUGGUUCGCUGAUGUUGGAGGGACUGAGAGAAGAGAAAUAGAAAAUAAACGUCAUUACUGAAACUGCCUGCAAGAACAUAUGAGGGAAGGGAAAUUAGUUAGCUAGAUAAGGCAGAUGAUGACCAGCUGCCCUACAUGUGUUAAAUUAGGGAUGAGGAGGGAUGAGUGGAUAAGGGGGGUUAUUGAGACUUUAAUUAACUAAGAAACAGAUUUAUGGCCCUUCGAUCCAUGAGGCAACAAGUUCAUAGGACUCAUACAUUAUAAAUAAUUCAGCUUCAAUCCAAGGAACAGCUUUUAGAAAUUUUGAUACUCUAGGAGGCAGGUAUAUUGGGCUUUAAUCCAACAGAAAAAGGUUAACGAGAAUCUAUUUAAUCAAGGAACAGGUUUUCAAGACUAAUCCAAAUUUCUAAGACUAAGGAACAGGUUUUAGAGACUUUGCAAUUCUAGAAAACAGGUUCAUUGUGCUUUAAUCCAAUAGAAAAAGGUUAACGAGAAUUUAUUUAAUCAAGGAACAGGUUUUCAAGACGUAAUCCAAAUUUAUAAGACUAAGGAACAGGUUUUAGAGACUUUGAUACCCUAGGAGUCAGGUAUAUUGGGCCUUAAUCCUAUUGAAAAAGGUUAACGAGAAUCUAUUUAAUCAAGGAACAGGUUUUUUAAGAUGUCAAUCGAAAUUUCUAAGACUAAGGAACAGGUUUUAGAGACUUUGCAACUCUAGAAAACAGAUUUAUUGGGCUUUAAUCCAAUAGAAAAAGGUUAACGAGAAUCUAUUUAAUCAAGGAACAGGUUUUCAAGACGUAAUCCAAAUUUAUAAGACCAAGGAACAGGUUUUAGAGACUUUGAUACUUUAGGAAACAGAUUUAUUGGGCUUUAAUCCUAUUGAAAAAGGUUAACGAGAAUCUAUUUAAUCAAGGAACAGGUUUUUCAAGACGUCAACUCAAAUUUCUAAGACUAAGGAACAGGUUUUAGAGACUUUGAUACCCUAGGAGUCAGAUUCAUUGUGCUUUAAUCCAAUAGAAAAAGGUUAACGAGAAUCUAUUUAAUCAAGGAACAGGUUUUCAAGACUUAAUCCACUGAGAAACAGAUUUAUAAGCAAAUUCUAAAGAGUAAUUAGUGAUACAAUUCCAACACUUGUUAUUAGCAGAUACAAAGUUAAUUUCUCCUUUACUAUACCGAGUCAUAUUCCAGUUGAGGUUUGCAAAUUCUAAAGACUAAUUAUGAACAGGUUAAAAGGAGUUUGAAGUGUAGAAUCGAGUGGGCGUUGGUCCUGUUGUGUACUGUCCAUGAGGUGUAUUGGUGGGCUGGGCGGCUUAACAUAGUCUAACCUCAAGGUGGAUUUAUAGAUAGUAGACGACAGCCUGGCCGGAGAAGAAAAGAGUCAGUCAGGAAGGAUACGGAAGCUUAACAAACUCGGCUAUCAACACUCAUUAGAAUUUCAGUGUCUUCGUUUUGUUUAAUCGUCCAUUUUUCAGUCUUUCUAGAAUUUCAGUGUGUUUGUGUUAGGAUUGUUUGCCGAUGUUUCAGUUUUUCUAGAAUUUCAGUGUGUUUGUGUUAGGAUUGUUUGCUGAUGUCUCAGUUUUUCUAGAAUUUCAGUGUGUUUGUGUUAGGAUUGUUUGCCGAUGUCUCAGUUUUUCUAGAAUUUCAGUGUGUUUGUGUUAGGAUUGUUUGCUGAUGUCUCAGUUUUUCUAAAAUUUCAGUGUGUUUGUGUUAGGAUUGUUUGCCGACGUUUCAGUUUUUCCCGUGUUCUUUGUUCUUCGUGUUUUCCUCUUUCCCGCAGUCACACGUUCUGCUCCCGUUUGCCCGAGGUGCAUAAGGUGUAUUCUGACAUUGCAGGUAAUUUAUCGUAUAAGUAGUACAAGAGCUAGUGGAGAUACUGUUUAAUUUUCAACGGAGAAAUUUUAUAAUAUCCUUGUUGACGACCUACCGAUAGUGUGUGAGUGUGUGUGUAUGUGUGUGUGAGUGACCUGGAUACACUAUAUAGUUGUUGCCACUACUACUACUACUACUACUACUACUACGACUACUACUACUUCAUGAGGGGAAGUGUUAAUGACUGAGGUUUUGCUGCUGCUACUUCAAAUGUUUAUAAUAGUACUCUUGGUGUUGUACAUUGUUUUCAAUAAAGAAAUCUAGUUGUCAA